AUGAGCCCCUUCAACGAUUACUCUACUAUAAUGUCCGGUAAGCAAGUUGACUGGUCUCGAUUUGCUUACACUCAAUACGUGACCAACACGGAGUAUCUAUGCAAUUCGGUGAUGCUAUUUGAAACUUUACACCGUCUUGGGUCUAAAGCCGAUCGUUUGUUGAUGUAUCCCUUUAACUAUUCUACUGCGGAUGACGACAAUUCGACCGAAUCCCGACUGCUUCGCCUCGCUCGAGACAAAUUCGGAGCCAAGCUCAAGCCGAUCAAGAUACAGAGAAGGGAGGUAAAGGACUCGAACAAAUGGGCUCAUGAUGAGAACAGCGACAUGGGCCGAGAGCUUUACCAAGCUUCUGGCUUUCAAUCAAACAAAAUACGAUCGGAUCCUAAGCCUUGA